GUUGACUCAACAUUGGAAUUGAAUAUUAUUUCUAUUUUGUUAUGUCGCGUAAUGAUGGAAGGAGAUCCAGACUAUAUUGAGGGCGCUGAAAGCUUGCAUCGCCUUUUUUAUACGGUUGAUGAUGUCUUCCUGUGAUCCUCCGUAUGCAGAUAUAAUAGUGCUUUAAUAACAAAAAUAGAAUCGAAGGAAAACGGAGAAUUAAGCAACAACAAUGUUGCUAGUGCAAAAUCAGCAAAACCAACAACAGCAACAACAACUACGAAAAAUACCAAAACAAAUAAAAAAACUGCACCAACAACAACAACAACAACAGCGCCCCAUAACACUUCCACACCAAUGCAGCAGCAACAACAGCAGCAGUUGCAACAACAACACCAACACCAGCAACAACAGUUGCAAUUGCAAACGACGCAAAAGCAACCGCAGACGCAACAGUUAACCAACAACAUCAUAUUGUUGCGCGGCGCGCGCAACGAAAACGGGCAGAUUGUCAUACAGAAUAAGCAUGGCAUAAUCAGCAUAUUCAAUAAUGAUCAGCAGCAGCAACAACAACUGCAGCAGCAGAAAAUUGACAAAACAACCGUUGCUGCGACACUGACACAAUUACCCACAGCCACAACAGUUGCACGCAAAUCAAUACAAACAACAACAACAACACCCAUAACAACAACACUACUUGGUAAUACGAAAAGCGCUGCUUAUGUUGCCAAGGAGACGACGGCGACACCGUCUCAAAGCGGUAGUAGUGGCGGUGGUGGUGGUUCCACUGGCAAUGCGUCCAAUACCAUUCUCCUGCAAACGCCAAUCAAUGCCAGCCAACUGGAAUCGGUGCUGUUGCACACGGCCAAUUUGAAGAAGACAUCGAACGUAACUACCGCUGCCGAUCGCCAGUAUCUCUUCAAAACGGCCUCGCGCAGCCUCAGCACCGACAGCAAUCGCCUAACGCGCGCCUCGGAAGGUGGCAGCAUGGGCAGCGGUAGCUUGAGCAACAACAGCAGCAGUAGCAGCAGCAUCGCCAGCAAAGCACCCUUUGUGCUGCAAACACUUAAGCGGCUGGAGAAGUCGCAAUCCAUACUAGUCAUACGUAAUCCGUCUGCCUCAUCGGUGGCUGCUCUCACUGCCUCCGCUUCCGCUUCAUCGCUCUCGACUGUUUCCUCGUCGAGCAAUAUUGCGCACGCCGCCACCUCCACUAGCGCCGAUCGUGUGUCCAACACCGGCGCACUGCUGUCCUCAUCUUCCGCUUCCUCCUCCAUAUCGGGUUCAACGCUUUCACUGUCUUCGGCUCAUUUGGCCACGGCGGCGCAGACAGUUAGUGUUAGCACCAAUACACAGACGGGCGCGGUGAGCUUCACACGUGCCACAAAAAGUCAACAGACCACUGGCACAACUGUGGUGUCAUCCGCCGCUCCAACAACAGCCAAACUGGGGAAUAUCACUGUGAAUCGCACCAGCAGCGGUGCAACAUCUGCUGCCGCAUUAUCAACGAAAUCCACUCUGCCAGCUUCUGCUGCCACAACAACUACAACAUACUUGCGUUUGGCCAAUGCAACAACUGUGUUUGCCAACAACAACGGUGGCAAUCACAACAAUGCGAGCGUCAACGGGGUGGCCAUGAAUAAGGUCGUAGUGGUCAGUGGCAGUAAAAGCCAACCAAAUAACAGCAAGACCAUCAGCGCGAGUGGCAUGAGAAUUGUUGACACACAUACGCAACAACAACAACAACAGCAAACACAACUUUGUCUGUCUGAUGUGCAGUUGAAAUUAGAUGCGCGCAGUGGCGGAGCGGGAGGCCUUGUUGUCGCCAAAACACCACAGCAGCAACAAGCAACAACGGCAACAUCCGUGCACCAACAACAGCUGCAGAUACAACAACAACAGCAACAAGCACAGGCGCAACAGCAAAAACAGUCUGUGUCAAAUGCGCCUCGCGGGAGCGGCGGAGUGGUCUAA